CAUUUGGAGCUGAAAGACUGGAGAAGUGGAAAGCUGCGCUGACAAAAGCUACGAAUUUAUCUGGAUGGGAUUUGCGAAACAUGGCUGAUGGGCAUGAAUCAAAAUUUAUUGGAAGUAUUAUAAAACAAGUUUUGCAAGAGGUCAACCAGAAACCUCUAGAUGUUGCUCAUUACCCAAUUGGAUUAGAUUCUUCUAUCCAACAUAUAGAGUUGUUACUGCAAAGUGAAUGUGAGCAUGAAGUUCGCAUGGUUGGUAUAUGUGGCGUUGGUGGAAUUGGAAAAACAACUCUGGCGAAAGCUAUCUACAAUCGAAUAUUUCGACAAUUUGGUGGUUGUUGCUUCCUUUCAGACAUUAGAUCAAAAGGUAAAGAACAGGGUCUAGUCAAGCUACAAGAGAAACUACUUUGUCAAAUUCUCAAAACUAAGGAAUUCGAAGUUGAUGGUGUUGCUGAAGGUGUCAAUCUAAUCAAAGCAAGACUUGGAUCAAAGAAGGUUCUAAUUGUUCUUGAUGACGUGGAUCAUAGAAGCCAAUUAGAAUCCUUGACAAGAGAAAGAAGUUGGUUUGGCUCUGGCAGUGUAAUAAUUAUUACAACCCGAGACAAGCAUUUGUUGUAUGGGCUUACAACAAGUGAGAUACACCAGGCCAAACUUUUAAAUGAAAAUGAAGAUCAACAACUUUUUUGUUGUCAUGCUUUUAACAGUCUUUCUCCAUCACAAGAAUAUGUUGAGCUGGCAAAAGACAUAAUAAAAUAUUCAGGUGGGAUACCAUUAGCUCUUGUGACAUUGGGGUCACAUUUGCAAGGGAGAUCCGUAGAAGAAUGGAGAUACGAGUUCAUAAAACUAAGAGCAAUUCCUCAUGGUGAUAUUCAAAAGAUUCUCCAGAUAAGCUUUGAUGGACUUGAUGACAAUCCUAAGAGUGUUUUCCUUGAUAUCGCAUGCGCCUUUCAUGUGUGUUAUGAGGAUGAAGUUACCAAAGCAUUAAAUGCGUGUGGUUUUUAUUCUGAAAGUGCAAUUUCAACCUUAGUCGAAAGGAACUUGCUCCAAAGGAAUUGGCCUUAUUUGGUGAUGCAUGAUCUUGUGCGGGAUAUGGGAAGAGAAAUCGUUCGCAGGGAAUCACGGGAAACGGAGUUGUCACCAGAAGAACUCAAUUCAUUUGUGCUUAAUUCUUCUCUGGCUAGUAAAUUAUCUCUAGUUGGUUCCGAAAAUGUAGAAGUAUUGGUGUUAGAACGACAUGCAUUAAAGGGUGUGAAGCUGAGCACAAAAGCAUUUCAGAAAAUGAUAAAACUUAGGGUGCUUAAAAUCGACGACUUACAUAUUAGUGGAGAUUUUGAGUUAUUGUCCAAGGAGCUCAGAUGGUUGUCUUGGAAAGGAUGUCCUUUAAAAUGUAUACCAUCAAAUUUUCCAGCUGAGAAACUUGUAAUCCUGAAUAUGAAAGGGAGCAAUAUCGAAGAAUUUGGUUUGAAUUUGCAGUAUUGUAGAAGUUUGAAGAAGCUGAAUCUUUCUGAUUGCAAGCGCCUCAGAAGUACUCCAAACUUCAGGGGUUCACAAAGUCUCGAGACUUUGUGGCUUGAGAAUUGCUCAAGUCUGAAGGAGAUCCAUCCAUCAAUAGGAAAUUUGGACAGACUAACUGAUCUUCAAUUGAAUGGUUGCAAAAAGAUAUCAGAUCUACCAAGCAGCAUAUGCCAGCUAAAGUCCCUUGAAUACUUGAGCAUUAAUGACUGCUUAUCUUUACAAACACUGCCAGCUGACAUUGGAGAUAUGCAAAGCCUAAGAAGUCUCUUUGCACAAGAUACGGGUAUAAAACGAUUGCCCGGAUCUGUUGAAAUGCUAAGAAAUCUUCAUGAAUUGCUAGUGGGAGGUCGAAAUUUAGAGGCCAAAAGGAGUUUUUCUCGAAGAAGAGUCUGCCGCAUAGAAUCCUUGCCAAAUUUUAUUUCUUGGUUACGCCUUCCAUAUUUUGGUUUUUCGGAGGAUGAUAUUCCUAGGGACAUUGGGAGAUUAUCCAACUUACAUCUUUUAGAUUUGAGUGGCAACAGUUUCCCCUAUCUACCCUUUGAUUUUUCUAAGUUACCAUUGUUGAUUUAUUUGUGUUUGAAUGAUUGUAAGAAUCUUCAAACACUCCCAUCACUAUCAAAUUUAGAGUACCUUGAAAUUCUUGAACUUAGGAAUUGCCAAAAAUUGGUCAAGAUUACAGGGUUGGACUACCUCCCUUCAAUAGGGAAGAUGGACUUGAUUAAUUGUACUUCUUUGCAGAAUCCAUUGAAUGAAGGCUUCUUUAGUGCCCCUGCUCUAUCAUUUCCAUCUAGAAAACAUGAACUGUAUGAGCAGCAGUUACAAAUUUAUCUCGAAUGCAAUGAGAUUCCAGAUUGGUGCAACAAUAAAGUAACAACUCCAUAUAUUUGUUUGACUAUGCCCACAGUACAUGAUAAUAACAAGUUCUUAGGAAUGGUUAUCUGGUUUGUUUGCCGCCUUUGCGAUGUACAUGAGCUUAAACACUUCGUUGUUACUGUUGCCCAUAUAAAGCGUCCAGAUUUACCGUGGAUUUGGUUUGAUAGAUCUGACGGUCACAGAGAAGUAUCAUGUGUAUAUUGCUUCUCUUACUCAAAUGAUAGGCCUUUUUAUGGCAUGAAGAUCAUAGGCGGGGAACAGAUAACAGUAGAGGAUGAAACUGGCGGAGGCAUAGUAAAGAAGAUAGGAAUACAUCUGUUAUAUUCAGACCAACAUGGUAAUGUUACUUCUUUCCCGGCAGUUGUGGAUCAUUCUUAUACCCCCUCCUACCCACAAAGACUAUAA